UAUAAAUUCACUUAUUUUACCUGUAAUCAAUUGUUGCUAAUUUAGGUCGUUCAUCUCUUACUAAGAGCAAUUCGAAGAGCAAUUGCUUCCACUAAUACACGGAUUCAUGGGUUCGCUCGAGGAUCAGAGAUCCCUUCUCGAAGAAGGACUAGUGCAGAAUGACAACAGCAGAUUGCACACAGGAGAUGGUUCAGUUGACGUUCAUGGAGAUCCUGCUGUGAAGGAGAAAACUGGAACUUGGAAAGCAUGCCCUUUUAUCUUGGGUAACGAAUGCUGCGAGCGCUUGGCCUAUUAUGGGAUUGCUGCUAAUCUUGUUACUUAUCUAACCCGCAAAUUACACGAGGGAAAUGUUUCUGCUGCAAGAAACGUUACCACAUGGCAGGGCACAUGUUAUGUCACACCUCUUAUUGGAGCUGUCUUGGCAGAUGCUUACUGGGGAAGAUAUAGGACAAUUGCUGUUUUUUCCACAAUCUACUUCAUUGGAAUGGCUGCUUUAACGCUCUCAGCUUCAGUUCCUUUCUUGAAGCCUGCUGAAUGUGUUGGUCCUGUUUGCCCUCCUGCUACACUAGCUCAAUAUGCGGUAUUCUUUUUUGGACUUUACUUUAUUGCCCUUGGGACUGGUGGACAUCUCUUUUCAAAAAGGUGCCUUGACAAAGCAGCUACUCUCUCAGAUGCUGAGGUCAAAACUGGUGACUACUCUGAUAAAUGGAGGAUCUGCACUGUAACACAGGUGGAGGAACUUAAGAUUUUGAUCCGAAUGUUUCCUAUCUGGGCUACUGGAAUUGUCUUUGCUGCUGUCUAUGCCCAAAUGUCAACUAUGUUUGUAGAACAAGGGACAAUGAUGGACACUUCUCUUGGUUCUUUCAAGAUUCCUGCUGCUUCUCUUGGAACUUUUGAUGUUCUUAGUGUUAUUUUCUGGGUCCCUGUCUAUGAUAGGUUCAUUAUCCCUAUUGCAAGGAAAUUUACAGGUAAAGAUAAGGGUUUCUCUGAGCUGCAACGUAUGGGAAUUGGCCUCUUUCUGUCAGUCCUAUGCAUGUCUGCUGCUGCAGUGGUAGAGAUAUGGCGAUUGAAUCUUGCAGAAGAGCUCGGGUUGGUUCACAAAAAAGUUCCCGUGCCAAUUAGCAUCUUUUGGCAAGCACCUCAGUACUUCUUACUGGGUGCGGCAGAGGUGUUUAUGUUCAUUGGGCAGCUUGAGUUCUUCUAUGAUCAAUCUCCAGAUGCCAUGCGAAGCUUAUGCAGUGCGUUAGCACUUCUGACUACAGCAUUGGGGAAUUACUUGAGCUCUUUUAUUUUGACCGUGGUAACAUAUCUUACAACCGCAGGCGGAAAGACUGGGUGGAUUCCUGAUAACCUGAACGAGGGUCAUCUUGAUUAUUUCUUCUGGCUUUUGGCUGGUCUCAGCUUCUUAAACAUGUUGGUAUAUUUCGCAUGUGCCGGAAAGUAUAAACAGAAGAAGGCCAAUUAAGCCUGUCUUCCCAGUUGCUAUCGGGUUGCUGGUGUCCUACCCAUUUCUUGAGCAUUUCACGUGUCCAGGGCCCAUGCGAGAAGUGCUCAAUGCCCGGGUGCCAAUUUGGUAAUUUCAAUGCAUAUAUCAUUAUUCUGUUGGAUUUAAUUGGAUUGUACACUGUAAAUAUUGCUCUGUCUGCCUUUAAUCAAUUCAUCUGCUUUAUUUGUGUUGAGUUAGACAAAAGAGUUAGGAUUCAGUCAUGGUAUAAACUGGGUAGAGCUGGGCUUGACCACGACAUGUCAAGGCUUGGCACUUAUCACAGAUUGUGAAAGACUGGACAUGAACCAUCUUGGUUAGGUGUCAAGUAAUUUCAUUUCGCCAUAUAUGUUUUUGAGAUUUUAAGUAUGUGCUCUCUGUUUUAGGUAUGAUUAUUAUUAUUUUUUUUUAAAAAGAAAGGGUUGGCCAGAGCCUUACCGGAAUGAA